UGUGUUGACGUACUGUACUUCGUUCAUAAACGUAUUGCAUGUACAUGUAUAUAGCCAAGAAUCGUUGUGCAUACACACAUGCUGAAGAAAAACCGGAGAGAGAAUCUAGACAAAAUAGCAGAGAAUUAAACAGAGUAAGACAAGAUGUCCGAGAGAAAAGUUCUUAAUAAAUACUACCCCCCGGAUUUUGAUCCGGCGAAGAUCCCCAAACUUCGUCUACAGAGAGAGAGGCAGUAUACUGUCCGCAUCAUGGCACCUUUUAAUAUGAGAUGUGAAACCUGUGGAGAUUACAUCUACCAGGGUAAGAAGUUUAACGCAAAGACAGAGAAUGUCCAGGAUGAGAAGUACCUCGGCCUACGAAUCUAUCGCUUCUACAUCAAGUGCCCAAAGUGCAUUUCAGAAAUCAGCUUUAAGACUGAUCCUGAGAAUGAAGACUAUGCCUUAGAGCACGGAGCCACCAGACUGUUUGAAGCCGCUAAGAUGUUUCGGAAAGCUACGGAGAAAGAGAAGCUAGAUCGAGAAGAGGAGGAAGCCAACAAUCCAAUGAAGGUCUUGGAAAAUAGAACAAAGGAUUCCAAGCAUGAAAUGGAGAUACUGGAAAACCUGGAGGAGCUAAAGGAGAUUAACACGAGGAAAGUUGAUAUCGAUUACGCCGAGAUCCUACGUAGAAAGGCGGAGGCUUUGGAGGAAGGGCUGAGGAGGCAGGAGGUUGAAGAUGAGGCAGAAAUUCAACGGAUAUUUGGCAAGCCAGAUGGAGGUGUGAUGAAAAGACUUGAAGACGACCCAGAAGAUGAUGAUGAAACGGCGACGCCUCCAACGCCACAUGCUUUCAAAAGACCUACAGACAUCCUCACAAAUGAUGGUGAACCACAACCUAAGAAAGCCAAAUCAUCGGAAUCAAAAUCAGCAAAGAUCAGUUCCCGAUCAGCUCUAGCAGGACUUGUGAAGCUGAAGAAUCCUGUUGCCAAGCCGACAAAUACAAUGACUGAAACUCCUUCGGCCAGUCCAAGCCUCGAAUCAAACCAAAUAAAGACAUUAAAGAAUGAUUCCACUGGUGGACCUUCAAUAGAUAAGGAACCCACUGCACCCUCUAGUGAACCAGUGGGUACCAACCAAGCUGGAACGUCUCAGAGAAACGAACAUGAAGGUGAAAGUUCAGAAAUAACGGACAGUGAACACCAAGAUGCUGAUGGCAAAGCGUCUGAAGACCUUAUCUUGAGUAGCAUCCAAGAGGGACUAGGAAGGAGGCAGAAUGCUGCGGGAAAUAGAGGAGUACUUCCUAAAGCUAAGUCUGUUGCACUCAGUCUUCUUGGAGGUUAUGCUGAUAGUGAUGAAAGUGAUGAGACUAGUGACUAAAACUGUGGUUGGUGUCCAUCAUAAUAGAAUUUGUAUUUAAAAAAUGUUUUAUUAUAAUAUGGCGACGGUUGCGUCAGUGCAAACAAGCUAUUUUGAGAGAACAUUUUUUGGGGGGAUAAUUUUAAUCUUGCAUGUUAGUACCAUUUUUGACGAGAUACAACUUUUUUGCACUGACGUGACAAUACAUUGAUUUUGUUUUUACCCCAAACCCAUUGUCUACCCAUUAUUCACUCCUAACCAACGCUGCAAGCGACUACUGUCUGUAUCGCUCACCCUAUUUGAGUCGCUAAAUAUGAUAAAUGUAAAUUGAUGUAAACUUGCUUUGUCUACAUUAGGCACUGUAUAACCUCACUCUAGUGAAAUCCAAUGCCGAGAUGGUCAACCCGGCGCCCAAACUGUUGGAUGUUGACAAAGCAGAAUCAGUUCACUACUAGAGUCCUCAGUCCAACAGU